UUCUAUCCAGACGUUAGACCAAGCUCUUUCUCAGUUCCGUCACAUACAUUUUUACCCCCGUCUAAAAACAUUUUGUACAGUUUUUUUUUUUAAACCGAGGAGAUUGUAGCCAGAUAAGACUGACGUCGUGGAAGUUUCUUGGAUGGAAAGUAGUUGUGUUUUUGUGAUUAAACACUUUUUUAUUUGAUAAAUGAGCUGUCGAACACUUGUUGGAGGGGGCUUUGAGUGUUUUCAGUGGGAUGGGCCUUAAAAUCUUCGUGUGUGUGCUGCUUUAUGUGGCGUCGCUGACACUUUCCGUUGUUUUUGCCAAGAGUGAGAGCAGCGAUGCAUACAGCUGGACCAGGCAGAGCCUUCCGGGGCUGCAGGUCACACAUACGGCAUUUUUAAACCAAACCCUGUUCAGAGGGCAGGAAGAGAGCGAAGUUCAAGGACAGGUGAAUACACUCUGUGGAAUAGAAUGUCAAAGCAGUUUGCCAUCGAUGGACCACAAAGAGCAGGAGAGGAUUCUGGGAUAUGAGACAAUGUAUGACAAUGGCACACGCACCCACACGGACAUCAGUUUGCAGCGGAUGAACAAGACGUCUAAAGCAAGACUGACAGGCUCGUCGACUCGUGCUCGCAGGAAGCGGCAAGUUUACGGAGCAGAUGGGCGCUUUGUGAUCUCAGAUUCACACUUCAUCACCAACUACCCGUUCUCCGCUGCUGUCCGCCUCUCCACGGACUGCUCCGGCGUCCUCGUAUCUCCAAAGCACGUGUUAACAGCAGCACACUGCAUCCAUGACGGCAGAGACUACCUGUACAGUGCCAAGGGGCUUAAAGUUGGGGUGCUACAGGUCAAGACCAAAAGAACAAGGAGGAGAGGGGGGAGAAGGAGGGGUGGGAGGAGACAUGAGGGAAAGAGAGAUGAGAGGGAAAGAGAUGUGCGGCCGAGUGUGGGAGGCGAGGAGAACAGCGGCACAGCAGACAGGGGAGAAGAAGAUAAAGGUGGAAGAAAGAGGAGUGAUGUGCGAAAACAUGGCAGUGGAAACAAGAAGGUUAAGAGAAGACGGGGAUCAAAGCGAAACCGCCCUGAUCGCAUUCGAAGAAGUGUAGGACCAGACCAGCAGCCUGUUUUUCGAUGGAGUCACGUGAAACGAACCCAAAUCCCUCAAGGGUGGAUUCACGGCAAGGGCUCCCCCAACUCUGCGUCUGCUGACUACAAUUACGCUCUCCUGGAGCUGAAACGACCCGUCAGCCAGAGGUACAUGGAGCUGGGCGUGGCGCCCGCUUCAACGCCACUGUCCCGCAUCCACUUCUCCGGCUACGACGCAGACAAAAGCCAGUCAGAGGGGCUCGGAGAUAAAGCGGUCAUUUAUCGCUUUUGCUCAGUAACAGAGGAGUCUGAGGACUUGAUGUAUCAGCAGUGUGACGCGCAGCGCGGGGCAACAGGGGCAGGAGUUUAUGUUCGCCUGCUGCAGGAUGCAGGAACAACGGGCCGGAAGGGGAAGUGGCAGAGGAGGGUCAUCGGGGUGUUUUCAGGGCAUCAGCGGGUGGGAACGGAGGGGGAUGAGCAGAGGGACUUCAAUGUUGCAGUGAGGAUCACGCCCCCGAAAUACGCCCAAAUCUGCCACUGGAUCCAUGGUGAUCCAAGCCUGUGUAAAGAGGUCUGACAAUGCGAGACAAUGGCGUUCUAAGGCAGUCAAAGGAUAGGUCCAGUAAACCUUCAUGUCACUGACUCAUGAAACUCGGUCUAUGUACAGAGAAAAACAUUGGUAACUCUUAGUGUUAAGUGAGAUUCUGAGGUGCAGUCUCUACUAAAGACAUGUUAUGAGAAGGCUGCCGUCACUGUUCCUGCAGCAUUGAAACAGCACAAACCCCAAUGUGCAUUUUCACCAGCACAUUGCAACACGUUGUGGAACAAACUGACAAAAUCUGUGGUUUCAAUGACUAUUGUUGCUGUUUUUGGUCGUGUUCUCGUUGAAAUUGUUUGAAAUAGUUUGAUGAUACUCAUGUUAUCUAUGUCCCAUGAAAUAUUUGUAUACUGAAACAAUGCAGAUUCCAAUAAAACAUUUAGCUCAAAAAGUUUGAACAGAUUCUUGUCGGAAAGGAAAACCUAUCCUGUAUCCACUUAUGUUCCUGAUGUGAAAUGUUGAUGACGUGUUUCCCAAAAAGGAUUGCUAUUCAUGAUGUAGAUAUAAAACCA